UACAGUUUAGAGCGGAUUUUGCGUAUUCGCGUUUCAAACGAACACCACUCAUUUUUUUAAAAAAUCAAUCAAUAGUUUUUUUUUAUAAAAAGUGAAUAAAAUGUGAAAUCAAUAGUGUGUACUUGUAAAUUUGACAUCUCUAAUUAUUUAUAAUCGGUUUGGACGCAGUGACCUCUCCAAAACAGUGAAUGAUAAAUAUGAUGAAACACCGAAAAAUGUCGCGUCGCAAUGUGAACUUGAAAAUGAAAAAAUGAAAUCAUAAAUAUUGAACAGCAAAAAUUAAAAGCAAAACAAACUGUAACACACAAAAAGAGAAGCAAUGUGCAGCCAACAAAAAAACUAUUUGCAAUUGUUAUUGUGACGUAGCAAAAUAAAUACAACCGGAAUUUGUGUGAAACAUAUCAACAAAGUGUAGUUAAAGUAAACUAUCAAAUAAAAGUAGAAAUAUCAAAUAAAUAACACAAUGGAAAAUUUGGGGUAUCGAGAAGGUUCGUCAAAGUUGUCGAAACAUCGUAGAAUCUCUCGAGCGGCAAGUCUGGCGGUUGAUGCUGAGGGAAUUCCAUUAUCAAGAUUCAAGCCGACGCAGUCGAAUAUGGUUCGUUGGCGAACGAACAACGCUGAUGCUAUGCUCGAAGAACAAUAUCCAUCUGCGGGAAAUUUCGAAUAUAUGGAGUGUGGACCAUCGCCACCGGCUGAAAGUGCACCCAGUAUGUAUGACAGUUUUGAAGAGCCCAGCUCCGAGUUGAGCGUCCAAAUAUGCAGUGAUACGAUUCGCGCAAAUUUGAUCGAACAAAUGAAAAUGGUUGGUGGUCGAACAAAAAUUCUUGAAGAUAUUGAAACGCUCGAUCCGCAUAAUACCGAAAAAUGGAAAAUCAUGGCAAAUAGUAUUCAAUUGUAUAUGGAAGGUGCGACCAAAGGUGAAAAAAAUAUUGCAUUUUUAUGGUCAACAUUUUUGAAACGGGCCGAUCUACUAGACGGUUUAUUACGUGCUGGUGCCGAUUUACAUUUUUGCGAUCCAAAUGGGAUAACCGGCUUGCAUUUGGCAGCGUUCAGUGGUUGUGUUGAAUCCGUAAAAUUUUUAAUUGAACGUGGUGUUGAUGUCAAUUUAAUACCAAAAUGCUAUUCACCAUUGCAUUGUGCUGCAUUCGGUAAUUCGGUUGCAACGGCUGAGUUGCUCAUUCGAAACGGUGCUUCAAUUUCAACCAACACAAAUAAAGCCAAUUGUGAAGAAUCAUUGUUACAGUGUGCGGUACGUGCAAAUGCAAUUGAAUGUGUACAACUAUUAAUAGAGAAUGGUGCUGAUGUGAAUUCGCUUAAAGCCAACGGAACAAAUGCAAUUCAUUUGGCAGCCGAUUUGGGUUUACAUGAAUGUUUACGCAUAUUACUUGAAUGUGACGGAGCUGAUCCGAACAUAAGAAUUUGUAUUCGUGAAAAAGAAUCAACGGCUCUUCAUUUGGCCUCGGACGAAGGAAAUGUGAAUUGUGUAAAAUUAUUGUUGGCCAAAGGUGCUGAUGCAUCGUUAAAAAAUCAUCGUGGUUUCACCGCUCUGCAUUUAGCAUGUCGAACAUCAAGUUUAGAAUGUGUUAAAGAAUUAUUGGAAAAUGGUAAUGCUGAUCCAAAUGCCGAAGAUUUCGAUCAACGAAUUCCACUUCAUGCGGCCGUCAGCAAAUGUGAAUCGGCAUUUAAUAUUUUGGAAAUGCUCAUUGCAAAGGGUGCAAAUGUAAAUCACAAAGAUGUAUACGGUUUUACCGCGCUGCAUUUGGCCGCACUCGACGGUUUGGCACAGUGUGUGGAAAUGCUAAUUUUUUACGGUGCCGAUGUAACGACCAAAUCGAAAAAAGGUACUACCGCAUUGAAUGUUAUCACUAGAAAAACACCGACCAGCCUGUCAAUGAUUACACAAAAAUUGGACGCUGCAAUUACAUUACAUCAAUCGCAAGAGAAUGCAACGCGUGAAGUCGAACUUGAAUUGGACUUUCGGCAAUUAUUGCAACAUUGUCAUCCAAGAGAAAUUAGCUAUUUAAAUACAUUUGUCGAUGAAGGUCAAAAGGAAUUUCUGGAACAUCCAUUGUGUUCAGCAUUUUUAUACAUCAAAUGGGGAAAAAUUCGUAAAUACUACAUCGGUCGCUUGGUAUUUUGUUUCAUCACCGUUCUUUUUCUGACGUUAUACGUGUUGACCGCACUCGCGCACACCUGUUACAAUGGCAGCAAAAUCAUGAAUGAAACCAUCAAAGAUCAAGAGCUCUGUCAAAAACAAUCAAUUCUAGGCGAUUUACUUCGUGCAAAUCCAUUUGUAAUUGAAAUGCAAUGGUGGGUGCUGGUCGUCAUUAUCAUUUUUGAAAUAUUUCGAAAAUUGUACGGCCUGACGGGAUAUACGUCGGUGCGACGAUAUGUUUCACAAGUCGAAAAUAUUAUCGAAUGGUUCGUCAUAGUGAGCGUAUUUUUAACAUCGUACAUUUACAAUAAUCGCACAGACAUUUGGCAAAAUCACAUAGCUGCUUUUGCGGUGCUUUUAGGUUGGACAAAUUUGAUGUUGAUGAUUGGUCAGCUGCCGAUAUUUGGUGUAUACGUUGCCAUGUAUACGAAAGUGCAGGGUGAAUUUGCGAAAUUAUUCAUGGCAUAUUCUUGUAUGCUGGUUGGUUUUACCAUAAGUUUUUGUGUGAUAUUCCCAGAUUCGCCGGUGUUUGCGAAUCCAUUAAUGGGAUUUAUUACGGUGCUUGUGAUGAUGAUUGGUGAACAAGAUUUAACCCUAUUAACAAAUGAUCCAGAUGGAAAAGAUCCACCGGUUUUGCUGGAAAUUAGUGCACAAAUUACAUUCGUGCUAUUUUUACUAUUUGUAACCGUGGUUUUAAUGAAUUUAUUGGUCGGAAUUGCUGUGCACGACAUUCAAGCGUUGAAGAAAACGGCUGAACUUUCAAAAUUGGUGCGACAAACCAAAUUAAUAUCAUACAUUGAAUCGGCAUUAUUUAACCGCUAUCUACCGACCUGGCUACGGAAAUUACUUCAUUACACCGCUUUAGUAUCACCGCAAGCAUACCGUGUGGUACUUUGCGUAAAACCAUUGAAUCCGGGCGAAAAACGUUUGCCCAAAGACAUAUUGAUGUCGGCCUAUGAAGUUGGAAAACAACGGAAAUUUUUCGAUACAGCAUGUAUAUCAAAUCCAAAUACCUAUUCACCGAACUAUACACAAAAAUACAAAAUGAUGAGUGACAGUACAAAUGUCUAUGAUCGAAUCAAUGAAUCUGAUUACGGAUUUGAUACGGAGAGCGUGAGUACAUUGUCCAAUAAAAUCGAUGAUAAUGCAGAAAAAAUUGACGCACUUACCAAAGAAAUAUCCGAAUUAAAAGUGGUUUUACAUCAAAAUCAUCAGGUCAUCGAUCAACUGCUCACUGUCAUUACAAACCAACAUAAAAAUAGCUUGAAUCGAAGUCUAUCGCAUAAUUCAACGCAAAAUUCAAACGCAAAUAACAUAAACCAGACAAAUAAUAAUAAUAACAUUAAUAAUAGUCAACCAUUGAAUCAUACGCAUCAAAAUAACACACCAAAUCGCCUUAAUGCCAGUAAUGAUAAUAGUGAACAAGUUAGAAACAAUCUAAACAAAAAUAAUGGCAAUCAAACAAAGAAAGAGUGAUUCGGGCUCGAUAAGGCUUCUUAUUUUUGCUUCUUCAUCUGUUUCUUUCCAUUGGAAAAGUACGUAUCACGUGUUUUCUGUGGACAAAUCCUUAGUUUAUUUAUUUAUAAAAAAAACAGUUUAUAAAAAAACAGAAAUGGUUUAAUGCCGUGAAUGGAAAAGAGUGAUUAAUAUAUAGUUUCGAGCAGAGAAGUUGCAACGGGAACUUUUGAGAAGGAACAAUGCAAUGCCAUGGUGAUUGCCCAACAAUAACAACAACAAAAAAACACAUAAAUCAUUUGAAUAACGAAAAAAAAAACAUAAUGAUAAAAAUCAAAAUUGUUAUCGAGCCAAAACAUUAUUCGAGAUGAAAAACGAAAUUCGAAUAGGUUCACUUUUAUUAUUUGUUUGAAAAUGUGCUUUAGAUGUAUUACAACAUAAACAUUUUAUACCGCGUGUAAUUAUGUGACCUAGUGAUAGAACGACACUCGAUAAAUGAAUCCCAUUGGUUGUAGAACUGUGCCUAUAAAUGUUUUCUAGCAAAUAACAACUCCAUGAAAAUAUAUUAAAAGAGAAAUUGUGAUAUUUUUUUUUCAAGCUUAAACAUUGUGUCAAAAUAAUUUAUACUUUGGCUGCUGCAGUAGCAUUUUCGGCUAUUCCUAGACAGUUGAACAAAUAGAAAAAAAAAUUAAAACUGCAAUUAAGUAUACGAUUAAGUCAUUUUAUCAAACUGUGAAUAAAUAAUAUUUGAAUAAGAGGAAA